AAUCCUCGCUCAUCUCUGCGCGUGCUGAAGAGGAACGGGCUGAAUUAAGAACUGAAUUAAAUUAAUAACAGCAUCUUAUGCUUGCACGUCCAAGUGCGCUUUAGACACACGCAUGCUUUCAUGAUGAGUCCCGUGAGGAGAUGCAUGAAAGCACCGCUGCAGUUCGGCUGCUGUGUGUGUUUAUGCGGCGCGCGACAGCAGCAGCAUCAGCAUCAUCAACAUCAUCAUCAUCCGCUCCAGCCGAAUCAGAAGUGACCGAACCGGCACACUGAACCGCGCGGGACCGACAGGAGCGAUCCGAACCGUACCGUGCACCCGGACGCCAGCGUUUCAGCAGUCGGGAUCUUUCUGUAGCCUAUCAUCCAUCCCGAUGCUUUUGACUCUUGACCGCAGUUGAGACCCACAUCAGACCGGAGGAACCGGAGCGCUCAUGUCCUCACCGGGCCCGAGACCACUGUACCUCACCCGAGCCUUUCUGCGCCGUUAAAUAUUCAUAGUCGCGAUCUGAGUGUCAAACUUGAUACUCCGGUGCCCGGAGAGACAGAUGAGAACCUUCACAUCCGUCGCCGUCACGUUAUGAACAUCUGCAUGAGCUUUAGAUGAGACUCGGAUGAGAGGAGCAGCUGGAUCUACACAAGCAGGACGAGAUUCACUGCAGCAGCUGCAGUCUGACCCACUGAGGAACUCUGCUGGGCCAGAUGAAAUGUGACGCAUCGUAAUCCCGGUGACAGCUGCGGAAAGAUGAGCCACAGACAGACAGAGAGCAAGAGAGAGAGAGAGAGAGACAGGCAGUGAACAUGAUUAGAGGGACUGUGCUGUGACUCAACCAGACGCAUAGAAAAACAAGACGGGAAUGGAGACUGGAAACUUUCUCGCUGCCUCAAACUUCCUCUUUUAAACCCGUGUUUUCGUCUCGAGUGCUUCAGUAAUGUGUUGUACUGCCAUCCCCGAAGUGUCGUCCUUCCUAUCAGGCGAGGUGACGGCAGGUUAAAUGCCACCUGAGGCUUCGAGAGACCGGGCCUGUUGAGCUGAAGGGCCCACGGCCCUCGCAGACCUUUGGGGAAAACGGCACCCGUGGAUCCUGUCAAUCACAGCCACUUCCUGAUGUUGAUCUCUCAGACUAGAGGAGAUGUCUGACUCUCCUAACUGAGCUUGAAAACCGUAGACCUCUGUGUUUGAGUGUAUUUAUGUGUAUCAAAGACAAACAGAGGGACGCAGCGCGUGUGCUUCUAAGUUGCUCGUGGCAAUGGGGAGUUCUGCGUCGUCUCUGACCACAGACAGAGAAUCAGAUCACGGGUUCAGUACGGCUCCGUUCCCGCCGGCCGCUCCGAUGGGCUGGCUCAGGACCAGCCACAGCAGUCCGGUGUGGGGAACCACUUUCAUCACACGCCAACAGCAGCAGCAGCAGCCUACCCCCCAUAGAGAGCGCAGUAACUCUCAUUCUCCCGGUUCGAUGGCUGCAGUUGUGAGGACUUCUGAUUGGUCAUGUGGGCGCUGCACGUUUCUUAACUCCAGCGGCUCCUUACGCUGCUCUAUUUGUGAAGCUCCUCGGCAGAAGCCGGAUUUGAACCAUAUUUUGCGCCUCAGCAGUGCUGAGGAACCUCGCUGGUCCUGCCCCCGUUGCACUGUGACCAAUCACCAUGGAUUAGGUUCGUGUUCUGUGUGCGGAGCACCUCCAGUUACGCCCAACGGACCCCUCCCACCCAAGCAGCCCCCGCCCACUCCAGUACAGCCCGCCUCCAGCCCUGAAGCCAAAGGUCAGGUAGCCAAUGGGGAGUCCCGAUGUGCGGAAUCCAAUGGGGAGGUGUGCAUGGGAGGGGAGGGGUCAUCAGAGUGGGCGUGUCCUCGCUGUACUUUAGUGAAUACUCCGGUGGCGUUAUCGUGCUCGGCAUGUGGUGGUCCGAGGAAACUCUCCUUACCGAAGAUCCCUCCUGAAGCACUAGUCGUCCCGGAAGUGCGCACACCCGUGACCGGGUUUCCCACGCAAACAGCGGGAGCAUCCGCGCCUCUUCUCAUCGAUCUGACUGAAGAUUCUCCACCCCAAGCUCCUUCUGAAACCCCUUCUCCACCCCCCAUCCCAUUUCUGCCCCCUUCCCUAUCCUCGCUUCAGAAUAACCCCGUGCCUCGCAGCCGAAGGGAAGUCCCGCCUCCUGGCCGGCCCCCGAACCCUGCCCCCUCGCCAACCUCCCCCUCAACCUGCCCGCCUACCAAACCCAAGCCCCUCCCACCAUCAGACAACUACUCACUCAAGCGCCUGAGUGUGCUGGAGGAGGAGCCUAAUAGCCCCGCCCCUCCAGUCACGUCUCCGCCCUCUUGGAAGUGCCCCGGAUGCUCUGCCCCCACAGCUCCUCCCUCGUCAUCCGCCGGCCGCUGUGAUGCAUGUCGAGGGUCGCGGCCGGGUUCGGGCGGUGACGUCAUAGACGUACUGGGCGAAUCAGUGCGAUUCACUCCGGCGUCACCGUCCAGUCCAGACUUCAGCUCGUGGGCGUGCUCCAAAUGUACGUUGCGCAACCCGACGGGCGCGGGCCACUGCACAGCCUGCGGUUCAUCCAAAUUGCACGGUUUCUUUGAGCCGUCCAACUGCUCGUCGUGUUCUCGGAAACAACAGCGUGCCUUUACUUCCACCUCCUCUUCCUCCAUCUCAUCCCCGUCUGCGCAGGACAAGAGCGCGUGUCAGUGGACGUGUCCUGCCUGCACACUCUUAAACGAAGUAAGGAUGAAGCAUUGCGUGGCAUGUCACACCCCACAGCAGUAUCUGAACCAGAGGAAAAUCGGGAAGCCGCUCAAACGCCGGGAGAGCAUGCAUGUGGAGACGCGCAGACGCACGGAUGAAGGAGAGGCCAAGGAAUUGUGGGAAAACAUUGUCAGCUUCUGCAGAGAGAACGCGGUGAACUUCGUGGAUGACAGUUUCCCCCCCGGUCCACGUUCGGUCGGGUUCCCCGAGAACGACAGCGUCCAGCAGCGAAUCAAAAAGUGGCUCCGCCCUCACGAGAUCAACGGCAAUAACUUUAAGGAUCGCGGCGUGAAGUGGUCCGUGUUCAGAACGCCCCGCCCCUCUGACAUACUGCAAGGCCUUCUGGGAAAUUGCUGGUUUCUAAGCGCUCUAGCGGUGCUAGCGGAGCGGCCCGAGUUAGUGGAGCGUGUGAUGAUCACCAGAACCAUCUGCCAGGAGGGAGCGUAUCAGGUGCGGCUCUGUAAGGACGGGACGUGGACCACGGUUCUGGUGGACGACAUGCUGCCCUGCGACGAAUACGGAUUCCUGCUCUUCUCACAGGCUCAGCGGAGGCAGCUGUGGGUUGCUCUGAUAGAGAAGGCUCUGGCGAAGCUGCACGGCUCCUAUUUUGCGCUGCAGGCCGGCCGUGCCAUCGAGGGUUUGGCGACGCUCACUGGCGCCCCCUGUGAAAGUCUGAUGCUGCAGGUCAGCUCGACCAACCCUCGAGAAGAGCCCAUCGACACGGACCUCAUAUGGGCCAAGAUGCUCAGCUCCAAAGAGGCCGGGUUUCUGAUGGGGGCGUCCUGCGGUGGCGGGAACAUGAAGGUGGAUGAUGCUGUGUAUGAGUCUCUGGGGCUCCGGCCGAGACAUGCCUACUCCAUACUGGACGUCAGGGAUGUUCAGGGCUACAGGCUGCUGCGUUUGAGGAACCCCUGGGGCCGGUUCUCCUGGAACGGCUCGUGGUCAGACGAGUGGGCCGACUGGCCGCAGAACCUGCGUCACGAGCUCAUGGCUCACGGCAGCAGUGAAGGUGUCUUCUGGAUGGAGUACGGAGACUUCAUUAAGUACUUUGAUUCGGUGGAUAUCUGCAAGAUUCAUGCUGAUUGGCAGGAAGUUCGUCUUCAGGGUUGUUUGCCCUGUCGGGCGAGUAAACCUGUGACCGUCACCGCCCUCACGGUCCUGGAGAGAACCGCGCUGGAGUUCGCCCUCUUCCAGGAGGGAAGCAGGCGUUCAGACACGGCCGACAGUCACCUGUUGGAUCUGUGCAUCAUGGUCUUCCGGGCCUCGUUUGGGAACGGGAACAGACUGGUCCUGGGACGUCUGCUGGGGCACAGCAAGCGCGCGGUGAAGAAGUUCGUAGGAUGUGAUGUGAUGCUGGAGCCGGGAGAGUACGCGGUGGUCUGCUGUGCCUUUAAUCACUGGCAGAUGGACCUGACGGGGGCUUCGACACCAGUCUCCAGCCCCACCAACGCUCGCAGACCCAGUCAGGAUUUCCCAGGGUACAUCUUGGCCAUCUACAGCUCCAGACAGGUGAUGGUGGAGCAGGUGGAGGCCCCGUCCACCACCCUCGCCGACGCCAUCAUCCUGCUGACGGAGAACAAGGGAGAGAGACACGAGGGUCGGGAAGGAAUGACGUGUUACUACCUGACUCACGGGUGGGCGGGGCUUAUCGUGGUGGUGGAGAACCGUCACCCGAAGUACUACCUCCACGUGUCAUGUGACUGUACCGACAGCUUCAAUGUGGUGUCGACCCGCGGCAGCCUGAAGACCAUCGACAGCGUGCCGCCGCUGCACAGACAGGUGCUGGUGGUCCUGUCCCAGCUGGAGGGGAACGCCGGGUUCUCCAUCACACACAGACUGGCCCAUAGGAAAGCAGCGCAGGCGUCUCUGGGCGACUGGACGUCUAGUAAAGCCACACACUCGCCCCAGCUCACGCCAGACACUGACGGACUGCACAGACCGCGGCCGCUUUGACACACGCUCACACACACACAUAGACACACUCUCCCUUCAUGAAAAGACAAGGACGAGUUCAGACCCGUGAUGAUGAACACACACGCAGACACUGAGAGAGUCUGGGUGGAACUACUGAGCCAAUCACACGUCUGCUCGCUGAGCCAAGCCCCGCCCACUGCACACACACACACACACACUUGCUCUGCUUCAUUCACAUCCAUCCUGGAGUCUCCCGUCACGUUUACACACAUUCAGUCAGACGGCCGAUCUCAACAAAAUAUUUCACAUGGAUUAUUUCACCAUAAUCAAAAUCUGAAUUUUUUUUUUUUUUUUUUUUUUUUUUUUAAGGCAAAUGAAGCCUGAUUUUGGACCAUUAUUAUUAUUAUUACUACUACAGUUUCAAUUAUAUUAUAUUUUCCCAUGACAAUUAAACACAUUUUCCCUCCUGUUUACAUUACUGUAAGACUCCUGGACAUUACAGUUUUAUAAUAAUAAUAAUAAUAAUACAAAUUAUUAUUAUAAUAAUUUUGUUAUUAUUAUCACUGUUUCAGUUAUAUUAGUUUAAUUCCCCCUUCAUAUUACUAUAAGUCUUCUGGAAAAAUUCAUUUCAAUAAUUGUUGUUAUUUAGGAUCAUCUUCACUAGCUUCUUACUUGAAUACAGUGUUUUAAUCCAUUAUAUUAAAAGGUGUAAAAAUAAGUUUUUUUAUGUUUAGAUUUUUAUAUAUAUAUAAUUAGAAUUUAAAUAUUAUGUUAUUGUUUUUUUUUUCACAUUUCUGUAUUUUUUUGUUUUUGUUUAUAUAUUUUUUUAUAUAAUUAGAAUUAAAAUAUUAUAUAAUUGUUUUCCACUUUUAUUUUUUUUUAUUGUGUAUAAUUGUCAUAACCCAGGAUAUCUUAGAGGCCCAAAAAUGCAGGUUUAAAUUCCUUAAGCAAACUAUAUGUUUAUUCUUCCAAAUUUUAGGGUGAAAUGUGCCAAGUUUUGACAUGUUUUGUGAGAUUUGUUUAAUGCCGUUCUGACAGCCAAUCAGCAGCCUGCUCUGUGUAUCAUGGGAAUGUAACGAUGAAUGGAGAUACUUGAUUUCCUGGAAAGCCACAUGUGAGAUUCCACCGACCGUGAGGGGUUAAUGUGUUUGAAGACACACGUGGGAAACAUCUUUUAAUUUAUUUCUGCUGUGUUUUAGUAAAGAAGCACAAGAGAAGCUGCUGAACGAGCGCUGAUCUGCAGAGGCUCAUGGGAAUGUUUCGAUCAGCAGGUUGACCGUGUGUGAUGGACUUUAUUUGUGCACUGAGCGUCUCCUGUGUUUCUUGUGUUGGUCAGGGUCUCCCUCUGUGAGUGUGUGUCGGUCUGAUCAUUCAUGUGACAUCACACACACACACACACACAUACUUUCCGUCUUUCUUUUGUAAAUUGUACAGCGCUGUUCCCCCCUGCACAAUCCCAUCAGAAGAACUCGCUGUAAUUACACAGAUCUCUGUCGGACAGGAGUAUAAGAUGUAGAAUAUUUUAUUGAUUCUUUGAGGAAAAAAAAUGUAUGAAAGUUUAAAAUCUUUACGAUUCAUUUGCAAUCUCAGGUUCCGUUGGACCAAAAUGACAAAUAAAGGUUUUGUUUCAUUUUUU